AUGCCUUCUGAAUCUACACAAGAGAAUAGCAUUCCUCUGCUGGAUGUCGAGGCACAGAAGGAUGCUGGCGACAAACAAUUCGACGUGGAGCCUCCGGUUCCUGCUACUCCGGUCGUGACCGCUGGUGCCCGUAAGAAGUUCCUGACAUGGACAGCCAUCAACAUGCUGGCCACUAUUGGCAUAGUCUUCACCAAUAAGGCCAUCUUCGACGACCCGAAUUUCAAGAUGAUGCAGACGUCAUUUGCUUCUUUUCACUUCGUGUGCACGGGUUUGACGUUGUGGGUGGUAUCGAGGAAGAGCAUUGGGGCUUUUGUUCCUAAACGAGCUGGGAUCGUGGAGAUGCUUCCUCUUGCUUUCUCAAUGUGUCUUAACGUCGUUCUACCUAAUCUCUCACUUGCUUUCUCCACGGUCACAGUCUACCAACUAUGCCGAGUUCUCCUGACUCCCAUGACCGCCAUCAUCAACUACACCUUCUACGGUGCCACGAUCCCAAGGAACGCCGCUCUGGCUCUAAUUCCCGUCUGUAUCGGCGUAGGUGUAACAUCCUACUACGACACCAAGCCCGCCACCUCAGACCAAGUGCAAACCACCAGCACUAUUGGCAUCAUGUUCGCGCUCUCGGGUGUGCUCGCCUCCUCCGCCUACACCGUCCUCAUCGGCGCCUACCACAAGAAACUCCAAAUGUCUUCUUCGCAGCUCCUGCUUAAUCAAGCGCCUAUCUCGUCCGUCAUGCUCAUGUUUGCCGUGCCGAUCGUGGACAAGAUUCCCGUUCUAGGCGACGUGCCGCAAUAUCGCUGGAUGAUGAUCUUAAUGAGUGGUGGCUUUGCAGCUUUGAUCAACAUCAGCCAGUUCUUUAUCAUUGCUGGUAGUGGCCCGGUCAGUUCUACGGUUGUGGGCCACUUGAAAACGGUCAGUAUUGUUAGUAUCGGGUGGGCUCUGUCUGGCAGAGGCUUGACGGACAAGAGUGCAUUGGGCAUUGUGAUGACUGUUGCGGGUAUCAUUGUGUAUUCCAACAUCAUGUUGAGCAGGUCAAAGAAGUAA